AUGUCUUGGUCUAAGCCUCACGACUCUCCCUCAGGUUCCUUGACCGCAUCAAAGUAUCUACACCUAGGUCUCGAAGCCGUGUUAAACACACCGUUUUACAUCGCUGUCCGGGUACAUGCAGACUUGUUGAUAAGGAUGGGCCAGGCGCGGGACCCGCUCUCUGCCUCGCGACGUUUUGCGGCCCUCUCCUUCUGGUCCAAUAUCAUCACUUCAGCUCCUCUGGUAACUCCCUUUUCCGGCACUAGUCUCUGA